AUGUCAGAGGUCCCGUCCAUACCGCGGAAACCGUUGCACGAGCGAAGCGACUCGCUGAGCAAUAGCAAAAGCAACAGCAACAACAGCAGCCAAAACAGUCUUGCGAACAAACCCGCCAGCGGUGCUCCUGGGAGAGAAACGAGCGGCGCCUUUUCGAGCCACUCCAACACGAGCGCAAAUGCCAUUCCUCGAGCCGCGAUCCGUCUCGUCCCAAGUACACCUCCGCAGCUGCUGGGUACUGUUACGGGUAGAGAGGGACCGGCUGGACCAAGCAUCAACGACCUCAACGAGGCCAGAAACCACGACCGAGAGCAGCUGACGAACUUCGGAGGCAUCGGCAGCUUGAGAGACAACAUUUAUUCUCGGACACCGUUACCGACCCAUCCCUCGCACAUUCUGUCAGCCCCUGGAAAAGGCAAGGAUCCUGCAUACGCAACCGAGUUUCGAACCAACCUCCAAGCGCAACUUCACCACAAAUCGAGUGGUUCGUCCCUUUUGCCAGGGCCCUCAACGCAUAGGACGCCUCAAAAUGUCGAUUCUGAUACACCACCGCCAAUAUCGAAGGUUAAGCCCCCAGCCAAAAAGCGUCUGCACAUUCAUAAAGACAACAAGACCUUCUCCCUGCUACAGGAUGACCAGGACGUCCAAUCAACCGAUGCCCUUCAAUCACCAAUUUUGAGUCUUUCUAGAACGAGCUCGUACGAUUCGCUGGCAUCUCAAGCGCGUCAUGCAAAAGGCCGGUCAAAUUCUAUAGAUUCAUGCCUCCAGUCAGCACCCUCAACGCCUAGCCCGGACGCCAGAAAACCAAUAUCUGCAGAUCAUAUAACCACCUCUUCACCCUGGAACUACCAACUCGUCGGUGGCAUUCGCAAAGUCCCGAAGACUCCAGAUCUCAAGCAAAGAGAGCCUUCCGAGAGCCCUCUGCCCCCAGUACCAGAAGCCUCAGACCGGCCAUCAGGGGCGUCGCACGAUCUUUCUACGAAACUGUCUUUUCAAUCUACACAGACCACAAAUUCUUCCACCACAUCGAUUUCUGAGACUUCCAACUACAAAGUUUUUGACAACACAUUCGCUUCAACCUCUGACGUCGCCUUACCUCACAUAACAAGCGACUCCAAUUACCAAUUAAUCGGCCCACCAUCAGUGGCACCAUCAGUAGCACCAUCAGAAGCACCAUCAGAGGCAACUUCUGAACCCUCUUCUAAUUACCAACUCAUUGGCCCACCUUCAGAGCCUUCGUCCAGUUCCAAUUAUCAAGUAAUUGGCCCCUCGUCUAUCGCUUCAACUGCAUCUUCUGUAAUUCACAGGCCAUACACCGCCAGAUCGGAAACGAUCUCCGAGGCAGAAGAGAACGAGAAUUACGAGGUAUACGGCGAUCCGUCACCAGUAGGUUCAGCGAUCAAUCUUGUCGCGCCACAGCAGAAAUAUUCCCAAGAGUCGCUCGUUGUCCCACCAUUAAAGCCAAGGAACAAGCGAUCAAACGAGAGUUUUGGAUAUUACAAGUCUAGAUCAAGAGAGUCACUUCGAACCGGCUCCCUAACCUCCAUUACAACUGUUCUUAGUCAACAAGAAGCUGUUCGAGCAAUUGUUGGUACUGGAUCGCUCAUACAAUUACCAAUCCUCAGUGUAAGCGGAGCAGGUCCGAGUUCAUGGGCGGAAUCGUCAGGCAACCACCCACCGCGGUCACAGAUGAACGAGCACCCUCAUCAAUGGAGCUCACAGCUUUCAACUGUGCUCUCGGUCUCCGAAGGAGGGGAGACUGGGGGACGCAAUUCGCGGGACUGGGCAAGUGUCAGUGGUCGAAGCAGCGGAGCCUUUCCAAGCACACCAAGUCGAAGUGGUAGCCGCGCAAAUGUCAUGAGCAUAAGUUCUUCGUUGGCUCUGGAAGAAGCAAGGAGCGAGUCUCUGGAUCCUCCGGAGCCAGCGUUUAUGCGAGGUGCGAGGAGACAUCAGAGUUCUGGGUCUAUACAAUAUAUCCAAGAUCAAGAUGAGUAUGGAGACGGUAUUACAGACAUGCAGGAUCUUAGGAACCGACCAUCACGGACACGACUUUCAGGAUUCUUCAAUAGUGGAUCUUCCGAUAAUGGGCGGACCAACACAAUGCGAUCAACAUCCAGUUCUCGAGCUGGCAGCAUCAUUGCGACCUCUUCGAUUCCUACAUGGGCGAGGUUAUACUAUGGCAGUGGGGAAAGAAAAUAUUUGGGAGCGCCUGGUAGCUCCACCGAAUCCACAAUGGGUAGCCGCGCAAGCUCUUUCCGUAGUGGUUCUCCAAACACCGAUCAUUUUCCUCUGAGCAUAUACAGUCCUCGACGGCGGCCACGGGAAGGUGGACGAGGAGACACACGACCCUCAACAAGCGGAUCACUCCAGAUCAACCCUGCGCCAAUGCCUGAAGGUGAUAACCACGAUCCUUACACUUCGCGUCGAUUCAGAACUUGGAGCAUGUCAAGCGUCUGGUCACCACAUUUGAGAAUGGACAGAAGAGCAGCGCGACACAGCGUAUGGGACCCACCUUCUGUUAACUGGUCUGCCGAUGGAAGCUCGUUUGGCAGACGAAAUGUACAAAUUAUAAUGUUCGUUGCGGGAUUCGUUUUUCCUUUUGCUUGGAUGAUUGCAGCCAUUUUGCCUUUACCUUAUAACCCAGUUGCCGAAAUGCGAGAACACGAAGCGGAGACCAGCAGCAGUCAAUUGGACACGUCGAAUCAGAUAGCCAACAAUUAUGAUAGGCAAUUUGGACGAAUUGAUGAAAAACGAUUUGAGAAUGCCAAAUGGUGGCGCAAUCUUAAUCGUUGGAUGUCCGUGGUGGGAUUUUUAAUCAUCGCAGCAAUUAUCAUUCUUGUCGUCGUUUCCAUCAAAGAAGGAUGGCGCAGCUCAUAA